AUUACUUCUCCUCUCGCGCAUCUCUACAGGUUCUACAUCUUGCUCUUGACCAUCUCCUCUACACUCUCUCGGACUGCGCUCAUGAACGACGAAUAUCCCACAGACGAUAUCGACCUCCUCUCCUCCCCCGUCACCCUCCCCAAUGGUGUCGUCAUCCACAACCGUCUUGUGAAGGCGGCGAUGGAGGAGGGACUCGCCGGCGGUCUGCCCGGGCGGCGACAUCGGCGUCUGUAUCGGCGAUGGGGACGCGGCGGAUGGGGUGUGGUGUUGACGGGCAACGUCCAAGUGGACGCCGCGCAGCCCGCGACCCCGCACGACCUGCGGAUAUACGACUCGCCGCAUACGGUGCCCCUCUUCCACGAGUUGCAUGAGAGCCUGCUCGCCGACGCGCCCGAGCCAAAACCCUUGACAUUAGUGCAGCUAAACCACGCCGGGAUGCAGUCUUCCGCGACGUACAGCCUCACGCGUGCGCCGUGGGUGCCCUCGGUCGGACCGACCUCCGGCCGCCCAUCCGUAGGGCGCGGGCUGAUGGCGUGGGUGAUCGAGCGGACGCUGUGGCCUGUCGCAGCACGCGCUGUCACCAACCCGGCCGAGUGGUGUGAGAUUGCCGGCAAGUUCGUCGAUGCCGCCACCGCCGUAGAAGACGCCGGCUGGGGCGGUGUACAAGUACACGCCGCGCACGGGUACCUCCUUGCCGAGUACCUCUCUCCACUAACCAACCCCCAUCCGCGCCCGCUUCCCGGCGUGCCCGAGCGCAUCCCCGUGCGCCUACACCUCCUCUGGCUGAUCUUGACGGGCAUCCACGCCGCCACGGAGCGCCGCUUUGUCAAGGCCCUCAAGAUCAACUGCUCCGACUUCGUCUCUGGCGGCCUGGACGAAGACGCCGCGGCCGCGGUCAUUCGCGAAAUCGUAUCCUGGCGCCUCGUCGACAUCUUCGAGGUCUCGGGCGGCACGUACGGCAACCCGGCCUUCGCGGAAAUGGGCCGCGAAGCCCUCUUCGCCCACUUCACCCGCGCCCUCCUCCCUACCCUCCCGCCCGCGCCCGAGGGCCCGGCAAUUAUGCUCACGGGCGGCCUGCACGACCGCAGCUUGAUUGCGCGCUGCAUCCGCUCGCGCGCGGCAGAUCUCGCGGGCAUCGGCCGCCCGGCUGCACUCUUCCCCGAAUUACCGGUGCGCGUGCUCCUCAACCGCGCGCUGGGGCCCGAGAAGGCGCGCGUCGCACCAUACAGUAUUCCGGGCAGCGAGUUCUAUCGCCGCCUUUUGGGAGGCGGCAAGAGUUCGAGGCCAGGGAGGGAACGGAAUGGCGUCGUGGCGCGGCGAGAUGAUGGGAUCAAGCUCGUCGGCGCUGGCGUGUCUACCGUGUGGCAUGAGUGGCAGAUGGCGCGUAUUGGGAGGGGCGAGGAUCCAGACGUGCGGCUCGACUUCUUGCGUGGCGCGCUGACCAAUACCCUCUGGCACGAUAUCUUGGGUGGCGGGCCGCGGUGGUGGUUCCGCCGAUGGAUGGGGACAGAUUAGAUGAUAGAGCACAACUGCAUGGCAUACUUCUCGCAUCGGGUGCAUCGCGCUACAGCUUCGAG